UCCCCCGGACCCACCAGCCCGACUCGCCACUGCCGGCCUGACCUCGGUCCCAGCGCCGCUGCCCAGACGCGAGGCUAUCAGCUCAGGAUCGCACGAUGGGGGAUGAGGAGAAGCGCAACAGGGCCAUCACGGCCCGCAGGCAGCACCUGAAGAGCAUCAUGCUGCAGAUUGCGGCCACUGAGCUGGAGAAGGAGGAGGGCCGCCGGGAGGCGGAGAAGCAGAACUACCUGUCGGAACACUGCCCGCCAUUGCACCUGCCCGGCUCCAUGUCUGAAGUGCAGGAGCUCUGCAGGCAGCUGCACGCCAAGAUCGACGCGGCCGAGGAGGAGAAGUAUGACAUGGAGGUGAGGGUGCAGAAGAGCGCCAAGGAGCUGGAGGACAUGAACCAGAAGCUGUUCGACCUGAGGGGCAAGUUCAAGCGGCCCCCGCUGCGACGCGUGCGCAUGUCGGCCGACGCCAUGCUGAAGGCGCUGCUGGGCUCCAAGCACAAGGUGUGCAUGGACCUGCGGGCCAACCUCAAGCAGGUCAAGAAGGAGGACACCGAGAAGGAGCGCGACCUACGCGAUGUGGGCGACUGGAGGAAGAACAUCGAGGAGAAGUCAGGCAUGGAGGGCCGCAAGAAGAUGUUCGAGACCGAGUCCUAGGCCCCUCACCCGGGCCGCCGCCCGGCGCCCGUCACCAGGGGGCCCCGAGGCUGACUUGGCGCCUGUCAAUAAAGGAUUCCAAUCCCCA